CUGGGGUUGAAGCUUCCUCGAGGGUAGACUUUGCAGAAUAUUCAGCAAGUCAUAGCCCGUUACCACAAUCUGGUCGAUCAAUAUGACUCUGCCGCGGUCGGUGAUUAAUUACUUGGAUGAAGAAGUCGAUCAGCAUUCACUGGUUGGUCUACUGGUCCGUUUGGGUCGCGUGUGAUUUACAAAGGGUCUUGCAUCAAUGCUGCUUGCGAGUAGCAUUUCGACGCUUUUCGGGAUCCGUCACCGAUGAUCACUCGUCCGUGCCGUACGAAGAUGGACUCCAUAUCAUAAGCAACUCUGAUGGAGUUUUCGAUGUAAUCGCCACGCACGUAUGUAAUUCGCUCGUCGCUGACUUACUGAACUUUGUUGAGAAAUACAGUACUUGUUCGAAGUCGGUUUCCGACAGUCGUGCUCAGCAGAUGUGCCAUAAUCGUGCGGAAACACUGCACUUUCAAAUCUCACGUACUCUGCAGUGGAUAUUGAGAGGAUAUCAACGAAGAAGAUUGGUCUUGGUGAAGUAGUUUUAGGCUGCUACCCGCCGAACCAGUGCACUGUCAUUCCAAGGUGCAUACGCCUUUUGUCUAAAGGAAAAGUUUCGUUGGUACAAGAUACAGAGAUCCAUUGUGCCCCAGCAAGAUUUGGCCACGCACAAAGCAUUGAUGCCCAACUCUACACGUGAAGCAGAAUGGCGCCUGCCAA